UGCGUAUAGAACAGUACAACGCAGUGACUGAGAGCUUUCUUUUCAUUAGCUGUGGAUACAUACUUUGAUGUAUUAAUAUCAACAUCUGCAUCUAAGGCACAUUAUCGAACAAAGGUGCAGAGACAGGUGGUUUGAGGCAGUCACAGGAAAUUGACCUUCACCAUCUCAUAAUGCAUAUGAACAGCCUGUUGAACCGAUGGAAUGAGAUCUCCAACAUGUGUGAGGUGGAUGUUGCUCCAGAUCCGGGCAGCCCUACGUUGCUCAGCGAGUCCACAGACACGUACUGCCAGACCGACUGCUGGCACCGACUCCGCACCACUGUCCGAAAGCUGGAGUUCUGGGAAGACUUCAGCGCUGAGCUUAUUGGAACUGGAUUCUUCUCCAAGGUCUACAAGGUGAUGCACAGCACUACAAAGAAGGUGAUGGUGGUGAAGAUUUAUAAAAAUGAUGUGGAUCAGGACAGCAUCGUGCGGGAGAUCAGCCUACUUCAGAAACUCUCCCACCCGAACAUAGUGAGGUACCUGGGGAUCUGUGUCAAAGAGAACAAGCUGUACCCAAUUCUUGAGUAUGUUAGCGGAGGCUGUCUGGAGGAGCUGCUGGCCAGAGAUGACGUCAAUCUCUGCUGGAGAGAGAAAAUCGAAUUGGCCUGCGAUAUCAGCCGAGGAAUGACCUAUCUCCACUACAAAAACAUCUACCACAGAGACCUCAACUCCAAGAACUGUCUAAUCCGCGUGACCUCGCGAGGCAGGGAAGCAGUGGUGACUGACUUUGGUCUGGCUAGGGAGGUGGGGGAGCUGCCCGCAAACGACCCCGAUAGGAAGAUGUCUCUUGUGGGGUCGGCGUUCUGGAUGGCCCCCGAGAUGCUCAGAGGAGAGCCAUAUGACCGCAAGGUUGAUGUCUUCUCCUUUGGGAUCAUGUUGUGUGAGAUCUUGGCAAGAAUCCCUGCCGAUCCAGAGGUUCUGCCCAGAACGCAGGAUUAUGGGCUGGAUGUGGAAGCAUUCAGAGAGCUGGUGGAGGGCUGCCCAGAGUGCAUUUUGGAGCUGUCUGCCAACUGUUGCCAGAUGGAUGCAUUCCGGAGACCUUCUUUCUCUGAGCUGCUGGAUGAGCUGGAAGACAUCACUGAGACCCUAAAGCCACCAGACAACAUCCUGACUACAGGAUGAUCUCCAGAAAUCCCUUCCAACAAACCCCUGGACUUUGCUGCAUGAGAGUCUAAAGUCAUAGACCAUGACUAGCACUCUAUUCCCUCAAGAGAAGAAUAUUUGAGGGAAAUGUCUGGUAAUAGAGGGCAAAACCACUCAGCCGAAUCUACUCAAUUCUACUCAAUAACCAGUUCUGGACACCCUCCUGGUAGUUUGAGACUCUGAGAGAGUGCAUUUGAAACUGAAAUGUACCUUUUGUCUUUAAAAUCUUUUUUGCAUAUAGAAAAAAGUAACAUUAUUCUUUAGGGACCAGAUCAACUUUUGAUUUCAUUGAAAGACCAAAUAUUAGUCAGGGCUUGGAAUAACUUUUCUCAGGUCACAGAUCAAGGUUCUAACAUACGUGAAUAUUCUGAUAUGUAUAUAUUAAUUGGGUCCUGUACUUCGUCUUUGUACAUACUGUAUGUUUUUAAAAGCCUUUAAAGUCUCAGAUCAUUCGGAUCUAGUUUACACUAGUGUUUCUAAACCAGAAUCUAUUUUGUUUACUGAACUGAAUCAAGCUGUUUAUACUCCUGACUCUAUUUGUGUAUAUGAUGUCUGGUUACAUUCAUAUAUGGGUUCAAUUAUCUUUCUAGUUUAUUAGUUACAACAAUA